AUGGGGAACCUUUUUGGUAGUAAGAAAAAGAAAGAGACAAGGAUUACAGAACAAGACAGAGCUGUUUUUCAAUUAAAAGUUCAGCGUGAUAAAUCAAAGCAAUAUGCAAAAAAGUUGGAUGUGGCACUGGAAAAGGAAAAAGAUAUGGUUCGUCAGUUGUUGCGAAAUGGAAGAAAAGAGAGAGCAAAGUUACUUCUUAGGAAGAAGAAAUAUCAGGAAGGUCUCAUUCAGAAAACAGAGAAUCAAUUGGAAACUAUAGAACGUAUGAUUCAUAAUAUUGAGUUUGCUCAAAUUGAAGCUAAUGUUGUGCAAAGAUUAUCAGAAGGAAAUGCAGCUCUUAAGAAAAUGCAUGAAUUAUUAUCAAUUGAAGAUGUUGAAAGGAUCAUGGAUGACACAGCUGCUGGCAUUGAAUACCAACGAGAAAUUGAUGAAUUGUUGUCAGGUGGUUUGACAGAGGAAAAUGAGGAAGAUGUUGUUGCCGAACUUGAGCAACUUCUUCAGGAAUCUGAAGAGCAGAAAGAAGUGGAACCAAAGAAAGAACCAGAACCUCCAAAAGUGGAGGAGGAGGAGGAGGAAGAAGAAAUCAAAUUGCCUGAUGUUCCAACAGGAGAGCUGGAAGAAAAACAACGAGAGAAGAAGAAAAGAGAAGCUGCACCAGCCAUGCUUGCAUCUUGA